CGUUGAAAGAGGAGUCGUAUCGAUUAGAGGUUAUCUACGAGGGUUUGUAGCUAAACUCUACAAAACAUACAAGGAACAGUAAUGUCUGAAAGUCUGUAUCUUUAGGAACAUCUUCCAGUAACAUAUGGAGAACUUUUACUGCUGCUGUGGAGAACUCACGUCUUUGAGUCUUUGAGGCAACAGCACAGUAUAAUCUACAACAGAUGAAGUCAUGAGCACUUACACAAGAAGAGCACACAGUCCCCAAAGGCAUUACAACAGUGCAGGUCAAAGACAUGGAAAUGUCUCUACUCAUACAAAACACGCUGCUGGGCCUAAUAGGAAAGCAAAUAUGACUGACCAGCCAUUUCCAAACAAGCCCAUUAGCCACAGAAGACCUCCCAGGACACAAGUCUUACUUGAUUCACAUGAUUUUGAAAAAAUCACAGUUUCUACACAACCCAGAGACACUUUGCCGCCCCAACAACAUCACACAAGUGGCAUCAGAGAGACCAACGGAUCCUGGCAUUCAAGAAUAGACUCACAUGUGCCCAGGAGAGAGCUGCAAAUGGCCCAAGCAAUUCAAGCAAAAGAGCGCAUGCUACAGGAGAAACUCUGGCAGCUUGAAGGAAAAAUAAAACAAAAGAUCCUGAGAGAUAGUGCUGAUACUGCUGCAGGUGAUGACCAAAAGAGUGGGGAGGAGAGGUCCAGCAGAAGACAAGCUGAGAGGGGAAAAGCUCAGACAAAAACCAGGAUAUCUGAGCCGCAGAGGAAGGAGCCAGUGAAAAGCAGAGACGUGUCGACGCUGGAAAGAAGACGUGAGGAUUUGAAACAGCCUCAGACUAAACGAGAGCAGAGGACUGAGGGUAGAGUGAGGAAUACACAUGAAGUACAGCAGAACAGAAGGGAAGUUGCAGAGACUGCUCAGUCAAGAGGAAAAGGAAACGAAGGCAAUGAGAUCAUAUUUAACAAGCAAGAAGUGAAUGGAGAACUGACCAAAUCGAGAUGGCAGGAUGUAAAAGAGCAUACCAGAAGAAAAGGAGGAGGUGAAAAAGAUUAUGGUAUUCGUGGAGAAGCAGAGAAAACUAAAUACAGAAAACAAAGUGAGGGCUCCAUGGGCAGUGCGGUUUCGGCAAUAGAAAAGAAAUUUGGGGAAAUGACACAUAAGGAGACCGACAGUUCGGAUGAUGAACCAGACAUGCCUCAGAAAACUGGUCAUGGACAAGCCAUGGAAAACCACAGACGUGCAGGACGAAAACUGUCUAGGGAAUCAGAUCUCCCACUGGUUGAUAGUGCUUCUUGUUGCAGUCAACAGCAACAGGAGGAGCUCGCACUCAUGCAUAACACAGACAGCAGCGUCCAGCUUUUUCCUUGCAAAAUCUGCAACAGAAAGUUUUUUAAAGAAAGAUUAGAGAAGCACGUCCAAGUCUGUAAAAAGGUCAAACAAUCACAUCGUAAAGUCUUCAACUCCUAUGUGAACAGGACCAAAGGGUCAGCCAUAGAAGAGUAUUUGAAAACCCACACCAGGAGCAAGACUCCAGAGGUUUUAAAGAAAAAGAACCAGAGACAAAACUACAAGGGAAAUAUAAGCAAUCUGCAUCAGGACCGUCUCCCGGCUGGCACCUUACAGAUAAAACGACCCAAGUAAGAUGACCCAGACAAGGAGCAAUAAAUCCUCAGCUGUCAGCACAUCAUCCCAUUGCCUACAUUUUUUGUAAAUAGCUUCACUUAACUAAACAUAACUGCUGAAGGUUAGCACCGUUGCCUCGCAGCUAGAAGAUUGUGUCCUGGCCUGGGAUCAUUCUGUGUGGAGUGUGCAUGUUCUCUGUGCAUGUGUGGGUUUUCUCCAGGUACUGCAGCUUCCUCCCAGUCUAAAAACAUGCUGAGGUUAACUGGCGAUUCUAAAUUGUUCGUAGGUGUGAAUGUGAUUGAGAUAGUUUGUCUCUAUGUGUAGCCCUGUGACAGACUGGUGACCUGUCCAGGGUGUCCCCUGCCUUCACCCUAAGUCAGCUGGGAUAAACUCCAGCUCCCCGUGACCC